GGAAAGAUGGCGGCGCCCGCUGCAGCGUCGUAGAAGAAAGAAAAAGUGACCAAAGUUUGGAAAAGCCUUCAGAGGAUGUCAUGGAUUUUCUGGAGAGGGAGGUAGGCGCGCCCUUCGAUUCUUGGACAAUGUUGGCGCCUGCUGGAAAAGCUGAGAGAAGAGACGCCGUGCUUCAGAACAGGUCGUGAAUGUUUCUGGCUCGGUGCCUCCCAAAGUCUCGGAAGCUCUCUCAGUUGCGCGUGAAGCCAGAUGUUCUCUGGACGACCUGCUGCACAAGGAGCAGCUUCUCUCCAGCAGUGUGGACCAGCACUUAGCAGACGUCCAGUUGUGGAUGGAUGAUCUCGGCGAGACACGCGACCAAGUGGACACUAUAGAGAGGCACAUGAAGUACCUGCGCUGCCUUCAGCACCUGGAGGAGCUCAGUGCCGCAGUCCCAGCAGUGCCUGAUGACCAGCAGUGUGUCUGAAGCCAUCCGGGCUGUCGAUGCCUUGCUGCACUGGAAUGUGGACUGAAGCAGUCUGCAUGUUCCUCACUCAAAGGCUUCCUUUAUAAGACUCUUCGUUUCUGGCACAAGAUAAUCAAGGACCGGUUGUCCAGUGACUUUGACAAUAUUUUGACUCAGCUUCACUGGCCCAUGUUGUCCCCUCCCACUCACUCCUGACGCCGGCUGUCACGGCCAGGAGAUCAGCAGCCAGCUGGAGCUCGUCGUCACACAGCUGCUCGCUCUGCAGACCUCAGAUGAUAUCAUUUCACAGGCUUUGGUCCCCUCCCGAGGUGAACCGUCCCCUCAGCCUGGGUGUUCUGCCACACCUCCACCACACACUCUGCCCCUCUGUCUGCCAGUCCAGAUCAUGCUGCUGCCGCUCAGCAAGAGGUUCAAGUACCACUUCUCUGGGAACCGACAGACCAACUCCCUGAGCAAGCCGGAGUGGUACCUGACACAGACCCUGCUGUGGAUGGGGAACAGCUCAGCCUUCAUGGAGGAAAAGAUUCAACCGAUUUUAGAUCGAUCUGCUGCUACCAUCAAUGCCAGGGUGGAGUUAAGUCGAGGUCUGCUGUCUCUGGUCCAGGAGAAGGUGGCCUUUGAUGCUGGGCGGCUGCUGUAUGACGACGUGCUCUUCUGUCACUUGGUGGAAGAGGUGCUGCAGUUUGAGAAGGAGCUGCGAAGUACCUACUCAUACCCGAAAACAUUCCCGGGCCUGCUUCACCUGCUGCUGGACGAAGCAGUCUUGCAGAAGUGGCUGACGGUCGAAAAGAAGAUGGCCGUGGAGAAGAUGGAUGCCAUGCUCUCAGCAGAGGGAGCCUGGAGCUCUCAAUACAAAGACAUCAAUGACAUGGACGAGUUGAAGGCUCCAGAUUGUGCAGAGACUUUCAUGACUCUGCUGCAGGUCAUCACUGAUCGGUAUCAAGCCCUGCCCUGUCCCUCUGCCCAGCUGAAGUUUCUGGGGCUGCAAAGGGAGCUCGUGGAUGAUUUCCGUAUACGACUCACUCAGGUGAUGAAGGAAGAGUCUCGCUGCCCUCUUGGCUUUCGAUAUUGUGCCAUCCUCAAUGCUGUCAACUACAUUUCAACCAUCUUGGCAGACUGGGGAGACAAUGUGUUUUUCCUGCAGCUCCAGCAGGCGGCCGUUUCCCUGGGCGAGGACGCCUUGCUCAAGGGCCUGGGCGUGAUGGAGCUGGGCCGCCUGGCGUCUCUGGAGGGCUCUCUGUUCGACGGGGAACUGGCCCUGCUGGACCGUCUGAAAGGAGACAUGCUGGGGAGGCUGCUGGAGUGGACCAUGAGAGAAAUCACAGAAAAAGCCAAACCUUACUGUCAAGACAGGUGGCUGUCCCUGCCGUCCCAGCAUGACCAGUCCACCAUGUCCCUGUCCAGUUCAGCGUGUCCCAUGAUGCUUUGUCUGCGAGACAGACUGUUGAACCUUCAUCAGGUCCUCAGUUUCUCUCUCUUCCAGCUGGCUUGGCAGGGCCUGGCCGAGAGACUGGACAGCUUCAUCUACCAAGAGGUGAUCCUGUCCAAUCACUUCAGUGAUGGUGGGGCUGCUCAGCUGCAGUUCGACAUGUCCAGAAAUCUCUUUCCAUUGUUUGGACACUACUGCAAAAGACCUGAGAACUUCUUCAAACAUGUGAAGGAGGCCUGUAUCAUCCUGUGUCUGAAUGUGGGCUCGGCUCUCCUGCUGAGGAGCCUCCUGAAAGACUCCCGGGAGACCAGCGACUGGAUGAGUGCCGGGGAUCCUCCACCGGAGUCGGCUCUCAAUGAGCUGGGAGUGUAUUGCUUGGCAGCAUGCGAUGUGUUGAUUCUCCUGGGCCUCAGAGCGUCGUGGCCAGGACAGUAACACCCGUCCCGGGUCCUGGACCGCUCUCUACGUCUCUUUGACCCUUUCUCAAUGAUUUUCACCAGUUUAAUAUAGAAGUGACAGUAUGAUGGGGUUCCUUCAAACUCACAGGAUGAGCCAGUAGAAAGUGUUUAUACAAGAUGGUUUUCACCACUUUGUCACGGUUACUCUAGUAUCACAGUGUGGUGCUGCUGUGAACCUGGGAGUAUCUCAGCUGCCCCUGUCCACACAUGAAUGAGACAUUUAAAUGCAAAAAUAUGAAGUUGACUGGUUUUAUCUGUGAGCACAGUUCUGGCAUGUGGCUCCAUCUGCUUUGAGGUUGUCAUUGUAAGAAUUAAAGGAUUUUAUAAAUCCCAAAAGUCGCUGGACUUCCAGCGCGACUGAUUCACUCAGAAUAAAAACCAAGAUGAUGCUGGAACUUUCAACAAAGCUUCAUGUCUUCAAAUAUCCAGCAGAAUAAUUUUAUGGUCAGUAAAUACCAUAUUUUACUUCAUUUGAAUUCCCCAGAACACAUUCUGUUGCUCUUAUAUGUUCUUAGACAAAGUUUCUGUUUGAUUUGAAAGUUAAUUGAAUGAUGUUGCUUUCUCCGUUGUGAACAGUUUAAAUCCAUUAUGUUCAGAGCAGUGAUGGUGAAGAGUGCUUCACUCCUGUGAGGUGCACCUUUCUCUAAAUCUUCACGCAUCUCUUCACCUUUCAGUAUCAACUUUCUGUCUGUUUCAUACCUGAAACCACUGCUUCGUCUGCAUCUGAAUAAAAGCUGACAUUGUGCU